AUGGAGGACACACUUGUGGCAAGGAUUUAUAAAGCACGGUAUUUCCCUCAUGGUUCUUUUCUUAAUGCUGAACUAGGAGAAAACCCAAGUUUCAUUUGGAGAAGUAUUUGGGCGGCUCAAGAUCUUGUAAAGCAAGGUGCUAGAAGAGCUAUUUCUAAUGAAACUGCGGUUAGUAUUUUACAUGAUCCUUGGUUACCCAAUGAUUCUAAUCCCUUUGUUUUGUCCACUAAUCCGGGCCUAGUUGAUCAAUAUGUGUCUAGUUUGAUGAUAACUGGGGAGCGGUCUUGGGAUGUUGAACUUCUUAAUGAUAUGUUUGAAGAGCGUGAUAUCAACUUAAUUAGAAGUAUUCAACUUAGUCACUCACGGGCUAUAGAUGGUUGGUAUUGGAGUAUGGAAUCUUCGGGUAUUUACUCAGUCAAAAGUUCUUAUAAGUUUCUCCAAUCAUCGAGAGGAAAUUGGUUGUUCAUGCAAGACGACAACUUUUGGAAGAAACUUUGGAAGCUGCCCGUUCCCUCUAAAGUUCACCACUUUCUUUGGAAGGCUUGCUCUGGUUGCCUCCCAACAAAGGUGGACUGCUCUUUCUCACGCUCCUGCUGGGCAUUAUCGGCCAUAAACCAGUCGGAUGCUGGUGUUCAUGCCGAAUUCUGUGAUUGGUUUUUUGGUAUCCUUGCUACCGGCAGUGAGGUUGUGGCGAGUGAAGCUGCUAUGUUGUGUUGGAGUAUUUGGAAUACUCGUAAUGAAGUGCAAUGGCAAAAUAAAAACCGAAUUGCUUUGGAAGUGGUAAGAUCGGCUAGACAUGUCCUUGGCCAAUGGAAAAUUACAAAGUUUGAGUCUCCUAAUGCUUUGUUUGCUACGGGGGACACUACAAACAGUAAUUGUUUGCGUAAACCUGAUGUUUUUACGGUCAAGGUGAAUGUUGAUGGUGCGACUUUUGAAGCUCACCAAAAGUUUGGUUUUGGUUGUGUUGCUCGUGAUAGUCAUGGCAAGCUUAUUGAAGCUAUUUCUGGGAGUAGAUGGGGUUGUGUGUCUGCAGAGAUAGCUGAGGUAAUUGGUAUUAAGGAGGCGAUUAGUUGGAUAAAGCGCAAAGGGUGGGGUGCGGUGGUUAUUGAGUCUGAUGCUUUGGUUGUGGUUCAAGCGAUUAAUAGCUCAGCUCAUAUGCCAUCCCAAUUUGGUUUGUUAGUUGAGGACUUUCGUACUAUUUUAUCUAGUUUAAAUAAUGUCCUUGCUCUUUUGUCAAUCGAUCUGCAAAUAAGGAUGCCCAUUGUGUUGCUAGGGCUCUUAUUUAUCGUCAGGUUAUACGUUUAA